AUGCCGAUGCUUGAGCACGUCUCCAGCGGCUACCAAGCUGUUCCCGCAACGGCAUCGUUUGAUACGAGCGUUGAGUUGCAAUCAAACUCGGGCUUUGUUUUCACGUUUGACGCUUUACGACCUGGACUUUUCCGAACGACUUUCACGUCGCCCAAGCACUUGUUGCCGCCGCACCGAGCCACACCAGUACCGAGCAAGACCCUGGACGACACGACUGCGGCACGGGUAUCAUCAAGCACCACCUCAAAAGCAUUCGCCGUCGAUGGAGUCACUGCCAAUGUGGAUUGGGAAGGGGGUGUACCCAUAGUAUCACUUACGCUUCCUGGCCAAAAGACACCCAUUCAUACCGAUCUGCCCAAUCGCUCCUAUGUUGCUGACGGGCCUGGGGUUUCGCACUACACACGCUACAAUAAUGGGACUCUUCACCUUGGACUUGGCGAGAAGCCAGCACCCAUGGAUUUAUCAAAUCGUCACUUCGUUCUCUCCGCCACCGACUCUUUCGGCUACGAUGUUUAUCGUACAGACCCGCUCUAUAAGCACAUUCCUCUCCUGAUCAAUUGCACGCCAGAUGGCUGUGUUGGUAUCUUCUCAACGUCACACGCCCGCGGCUUCUACUCUGUCGGCUCUGAGAUGGAUGGGAUGUGGGGACGCUUCAAAGUAUAUCGUCAAGACUACGGCGGCCUCGAGGAGUACCUCCUGGUGGGAAAGACUCUACCGGAUAUUGUGCGCAUCUACGCUGACCUCGUUGGCUAUCCACUUCUGGUGCCGCGGUGGGCAUUCGGUUACCUGGCUGGUGGUAUGAAGUACUCCAUGACGGACGACCCACCUGCUAGUCAGAGCAUGAUGGAGUUUGCUGCCAAGCUUAAAGAACACGACAUUCCCUGCUCCGGCAUGCAAAUGUCAUCUGGCUAUACGGUCGCAGAGACAGAACCGAAGACGCGCAACGUGUUUACGUGGAAUAAGCAUCGGUUUCCUGAUCCGAAAGGCUGGAUCGAUGCUUAUCACAAGGAAGGCAUUCGGCUCAUUGCAAACGUGAAGCCGUAUGUAUUGGGCAGUCAUCCCGAGUAUCAAAAGCUCAAAGACGCUGGCGCAUUCUUUACGGACUCUUUGACACUCGCAUCGGCUGAAGCGAGACUGUGGAGCGCGGGUGGAGGUGAGAGUGGAGUCGGUGGCCAUAUCGACUUCACUUCCAAGGCCGGGUACCAGUGGUGGUACGACGGCAUCCGCGAGCUGAAGCGUGUCGGUAUUGACUGCAUUUGGAACGACAACAACGAAUACACUGUCCCACACGAUGGCUGGCAGUGCGCACUGGAUGAGCCAGCAGUUACUCAAGAGCCCAAGCGCGACGACUAUGGCAACAGCAUCGGAUUUUGGGGCCGCGCACUCAACACCGAACUGAUGGGAAAAUCUUCGCACGAUGCAGCCUUGGAGAUGGAACCUGCGCAACGCCCUUUCAUCUUGACCCGAAGCGCCACAGCAGGAACGCUUCGAUACUGUGCAAGUGCCUGGAGCGGAGACAAUGUCACCUCAUGGCCAGGCAUGAAAGGCGCCAACGCUCUGUCCCUCACCGCGGGCGUGUGUCUAAUGCAAUGCUACGGCCACGACAUAGGCGGUUUCGAAGGCCCACAGCCCAGUCCCGAGCUUCUCGUCCGCUGGUGCCAGCAAGGCAUCUACAGUCCGCGCUUCGCCAUCAAUUGCUUCAAAACGGGCAAGGACAACCGCGUCGGCGAUGUUAUCGAGCCUUGGAUGUAUCCCGAGGUGACUGGCAUAAUCCGCGACACGAUCAAGCGCCGCUACGAACUCAUCCCCUAUCUCUACUCGCUAGCGCUGCAUUCGCACAUGACUGCCACGCCACCGCAGCGUUGGACUGGAUGGGGAUAUGAGAGUGAUCCGGAGAUUUGGACCAACAAGAUACUUACCGAUGGCGAAACACAGUACUGGCUUGGUGAUGCACUACUGGUCGGUGGUGUCUUCACUCCUGGUGCCGAGACUGCUAGCAUGUACCUUCCCAAGGACGCUUCAGACCCUGAUGCCGCGUUUCUAGACUUGAACAACAACCCACAAACGUAUUACAGCGCGGGCCAAUGGGUUGAUGUUGCAUCGCACUGGCAGUCUAGCAUUCCUGUCUUGGCGAAAGUUGGAAGCGCGAUACCUGUUGGACGGGCGGAACAAGUCCUCUCUGUAGGCGAAACAAACAACCCGGCGAACCUGCCCCUGGACGAUUACCGUGGGGUGGAGAUCUUCCCUCCAAAGGCUUCUUCCAACGGUAAAGUCUACACGUCUACUUGGUACGAAGACGACGGUGUUUCGCCGCCGCCAGCCAGGAUCUCCAGGUUCAUAGUCUCUUUCGAGUCAACGGCCACGCAGGUACUGGUGCAAUAUGAGGAGAAAUUGCAAGAUGGCUUCGUCCCGCAUUGGAAGGACCUGGAGGUUGUCCUGCCGAGGGGCGAUGAGAGAAGUGUUGUCUUCAAUGGCGCGGAUGCGGAGAAGACGGGAACCGACAAGUUGGGCAGAGGGAGGUGGAAGGGUAGUGUUGGAGGGAGGAAAUAA